AUGAAUCCAUUCUCUUCAAACCAGAAAAUGGAAACUUCCAAAGUUUCAAGGAAUCCCACCAUGUCUAUCACCAUUUUCUUGCUGUAUUUGUCCCUGAACAUAGCAUAUUCAGACAACAAGAACACAAGUGAUGUCGAAUUCUUGUUUGAUGGAUACUUCAAGUUGGGAGCAGGCAGUAAUCAAGAACUCGAAGAUUCCAACAUGUCAGCAAGUGUAAUAUAUGCCGAUGGUGGCCUAAGUGAAGCCGGGCAAGUCUUUUACAAUCUUCCUCUUCCAUUCAAGAAUUCCAAUACUACUCCUGUCGUCUCUUUCUCCACCACUUUUAUCUUUGCAAUAGUAGCCACCGAUCCUCAAUUUCUCGGCCAUGGACUCGCCUUCGCUAUCUCGCCUACCAAGGGUAUUCCUGGAGCUCAGCCAAACCAAUAUCUUGGCCUGUUCAACGCCACCUCCAAUGGUGAAAGUUCCGAUCAUAUUGUGGCAAUAGAGCUUGACACUGACCAGGAUUUUCAAUUUGGUGAUAUGGAUGAUAACCAUCUCGGGAUUGAUAUUAAUGGGUUGGACUCCGUCAAUAAAUCUUCUGCAGGUUACUAUACUGAUCAUGGUCUUUUCAGACAGAUAGAUCUUACGAGUGGAGAACCGUUUCAGGUUUGGGUUGAAUAUAAUAGUACAGAUCAGAAACUCAGUAUUACAAUUCAUCCAAUAAACAUGCCUAAACCUGAGACCCCUCUUGUCACACUGAAAAGAGAUCUUUCUGCUUAUUUCUUUGAGUUUAUGUAUGUUGGAUUCACAUCCUCUACCGGGUCAAAUUCAUCUCAUUAUAUAUUGGGUUGGAGUUUCAGGAUGAAUGGUCAAGCUGAGGAGAUUAAACUUUCUCGCCUUCCUGACAUUCCUGGAGUAAUUUUAGAUCCAAAUGAAAGGGUCGGGAAAGGAGACAAGAAAAUGUUGAUAAUUAUAUUAUCAUCAUCAGCAAGUGCAGUUAUCCUUCUAGUCUUGAUUAUUUAUGGUGUGCUUUUGAUUGUACGGAGGAGAAAAUUCAUUCAAGUUGUUGAAGAAUGGCAAGUCUUGUAUGGGCCUCAUAGGUUUACCUACAAGGACUUGUUCGUUGCAACAAGAGGGUUUAGAGAGAGCCAACUUCUUGGAAGAGGAGGUUUUGGAAGAGUAUACAGGGGAAUUCUCCCAUUGUCCAAUGUUCAAAUUGCAGUGAAAAGAAUUUCUCAUGAUUCAAAACAAGGGAUGAGAGAAUUUGUGGCAGAAAUCUCAACUAUCGGCCGUCUCAGGCAUCCAAACUUGGUGAGACUUCUUGGCUAUUGUAGAAGAGGAAAAGAACUAUUCUUAGUUUAUGACUAUAUGCCUAAUGGAAGUCUAGACAAGUUCCUUUACCGCCUGCCCAACAACAACACACUCGACUGGAAACAAAGGUUCAAGAUCAUCAAAGAUGUGGCUUCUGCACUCUUAUAUCUUCAUCACCAAUGGGUUCAAGUUGUUAUCCACAGAGACAUCAAGCCAGCCAAUAUACUAAUGGACAACAACAUGAAUGCUAGACUCGGAGAUUUUGGUCUGGCUAAGUUAUGUGACCAUGGAAAUGAUCCUCAAACAUCUCUUGUAGCAGGAACUCCAGGCUAUAUGGACCCAGAAAUUGUGCAAAGAGGAAAAUCAAACACAUAUACCGAUAUAUAUUCAUUUGGGGUGUUGUUAUUGGAGAUUGCUUGUGGAAGAAGGCCGGUUGAAACUCAGACCUCACCGGAGAAAGUUUUGCUGAUGGAAUGGGUUAUGGAUUGUUGGGAUCAAGGAGACAUUUGUGAAGCAGUUGAUAGCAGAUUGGGGGAUGCAUAUGAAGUGGAUGAAGCUGAAUUGGUUCUCAAACUUGGCUUGCUAUGUUCACAUCCUAUUGUUUCAGCUAGGCCUACGUUAUCUAGUAUUGUGGAAUUCUUAGAUGGAGAUUCUCAGUUGCCUGACAACUUGUUGGAUUUAAUCAAGUCCAGAAAUUUAGGUGGCUGGUCCCGUCGAGCAUGUUCUUUAUUAUCCUCUAAUUUUCCUAUUAGCCAUGCUUCUAUUGCUUAUUUGACUUUCACGGAACCAUUUGCCUCCUCCGGCCGCUGAUACAUUGAUUAUUAUGUACGUGUAAAUAAUUAAAGAGAAUUAUAGUUUUGUUCUUG